UCUCCAGGCCUGGAGCCUCUAGGGGAGGCAGACCCGAGAGCCUUCAUAGUCACAGGUCUGAACUUGACCCUUCACACCAAGUACCAUGGCCCUGGCCCUGGCCAACAACCCACAGGAGGCAUUGCUUUCGGCCUUGAGAGACCUUGACGAAAAUGACUUCAAGAUAUUCAAGUUCCACUUACGGGACAGUACCCUGCUUGGGGGCCAGGGGCUGCCCCGAGGGGAGCUGGAGGGCCUGAGUCGGGUGGACCUGGCUUCUCGGCUGGUUUUGAUGUACGGAGCGCAGGGGGCUGUGAAAGUGGUGUGCAAGGUGCUGGAGGUCAUGAAGCUGUUAGAACUCGUGGACCAGCUCAGCCACAUCUGUCUAAAUGAUUACAGAGACACAUACCGAGAGUACGUGCGCUGCCUGGAGGAGAGGCAGGAAGAGGGAGUCGGCCGCAGCUACAGCCCGCUGGUCCUGGUGGCCAUGGCCAGCCCGGGGAGCCCCGAGCCCGAGCCCGAGCAGGAGCUGGACCGUGUCACGGUGGAGGCCCUGUUCGAUCCGGGCGAGAAGCCCGCCCCGGGCCCGGCCACAGUGGUGCUGCAGGGGUCCGCUGGCUCCGGGAAGACGACGCUGGCAAGGAAACUGGUGCUGGACUGGGCGGCCGGCGCCGCGCGGUACCCGGGCCGGUUUGAUUACGUCUUCUACGUGAGCUGCAGGGAAGUGGGCCUGCUGCCGGGGGCCACGCUGGACCAGCUCCUCCUCUGGUGCUGCGGGGACGGCCAGGCGCCCGUGGCGGAGAUCCGGAGGCAGCCCGAGCGGCUCCUGUUCAUCCUGGACGGCUACGACGAGCUGCAGCGGCCCUUUGCCGUGCGGCUGAAGAGGCCGGGGCCCGGGCCCGCGCAGGACCUGCUGCACCGGCUCAUCCGGAGGGAGGUGCUGCCCGCCUGCUCCCUCCUCAUCACCACGCGGCCCCUGGCCCUGCGGAACCUGCAGGCCCUGCUGAGACGACCGCGCCACGUCCACGUCCGAGGCUUCUCGGAGGAAGAGAGGGAGCGGUACGUCCGGUCCUAUUUCGCAGACGAGGAGCAAGCCCAGAAGGCCUUGGACUUCGUCCGGGGCAAUGACGUUCUCUACCAAGCAUGCCAGGUGCCGGGCAUCUGCUGGGUGGUCUGCUCCUGGCUGAAGGGGCGCAUGGAGAGAGGCGGGGAGGUCUCGGAGACUCCCAGUAGUGGCACCGACAUCUUCAUGGCCUACGUCUCCACCUUCCUGCCGCCCAGUGACAGCGACGGGCCCUCCGAGCUCACCCGGGACAGGGUCCUGAGGGGUCUGUGCUCCUUGGCAGCCGAGGGGAUCCAGCACCAGAGGUUCCUGUUCGAAGAAGCUGACCUCAGGAAGCACAGUCUGGAUGGGCCCAGCCUUGCUGCUUUCCUGAGCAGCCACGAUUACCAGGAGGGGCUCGACAUCAAGAAGUUCUACAGCUUCCGCCACAUCAGCUUCCAGGAGUUUUUCCACGCCAUGUCCUACCUGGUGAAAGAGGACCAGAGCCAGCUGGGGGAAGAGUCCCUCAGGGAGGUGAACAGGCUGCUGGGUGACCGGGAGCAGGCGGCGGGGGAGGCCAUGACCCUCAGCAUGCAGUUCCUGCUGGACAUAUCGAAAAAGGAGAGCUCCUCCAACUUGGAGCUCACGUUCUGCUUCAAAAUCUCCCCCUCGAUAAAGCAGGAUCUGAAGAAUUUCAAGGAGCAGAUGACCUCUCUAAAGCAUCACAGGACCUGGGAGUGGGACUUCUUCCUGAAUGAGGCCAAAAUGAAGAGUCUGGCAAGCAGUGUUCAGAUAAGCAAUGUGGCACUGAAGAUGGAGCAUUCAAAUGAAAAGAAACCCCACAGCAGGAGUUCACUUUUUGUCAAAACCAGCUUGAGUAAUGCCAAGGAAGAGGAGCAAAAAUGUCUAGAGAACGAAGGGAAUGCAGCAGGGACACAAAAGCAGGCUGCGAACGGGAAAGGCAGAGGGAAGAGGAACUAGAGACCAGAAGGGGAGGAAGGGGAGGAGGACAGGAAGCACAGAAAUGGGAACACUCGAGCUGAUGGCGGGGUGGAGAGACAGAGGAAGGGGGAAGACGGUAGAAAGGAACGGAGAGAUGUGAGGUCGAAUUAAUGGGCACGAGGAGUGGAAGGACGGAACAGCAAACAGAAAAGAGAAGCAGAUAGAGGGCCCUGUGGAAUGAGUCCUUAGGAACAACCACAGGUGUCCACAGUGGCUCAGCAUUAGUCAUUUAGCACCGCCCACCCCCCCACCCCCCACCCAAGGCUGUUUGUAAAUUCCCCAAAUGUAGUCUUAUGAGAGUCUGACAUUUGACUCUUUCCUAUAAAAAUAAACUCCUUAA